AGAUGGUUUUGCGAAUUAUACACGUGUCCCAACAACCUUUGGACCAAAAUACGUGUGUAAAUAGCAGUACAACUUGGCGUCUGCUGCCAAAGGCCCGACACUGGCCUUUGAGAUGAUCUUCACACUGUAAACAUGGACUUUGAUGAGGUGGAUGCAGGCCUAUUUCUAGGAAGCAGAAGAGCCCUGAAGUCCUUUCUGUCCUCUCAAAGUGGUGUCACGCUGUCUGUCCUGACAGUGGAGAGUGAGGACCUCACUGAAGUCCUGCAGGAAGUGAAUCAACACUUGUUUGUCCAAGUGGAUGACGUGAAAGAUGGCGACCUGCUGUCUCACUUUGAUGAUAUGCUCGCCUUCAUUGAAGACGGACUGCGCGACGGCGUAGUUUACGUCCACUGCCGACACGGCGUGUCCCGCAGCGCGGCCGUCUGCGCCGCCUUCCUGAUGCGGCGGUACGGCCUCGACCCCGGCCAGGCGGUGGACAGACUGCGCCUGUCUCGGCCGUUCGUGACGCCGAACGCCGGCUUCAUGCAGCAGCUGGAGCUGUACGCGCGGCUCGGCUGCCGCGGCAGCCUGCAAAAGCCCAUCUACCGACGUUACCGGCUGGGCGUGGCUGGCCGAGCCGCGGCCGCAGACCCGGCCAGCCAGUCGGCGCUGGUGACGCCGCUCGUCCUGCCCGACCCCGACAUGGCCGGCGCUGUUGCUGCUGUCUAUAGGUGUCGCCAGUGUCGCACGGCACUCUUCUCGCAGCUGAGCGUCGUCGACGGCCAGGACGUCGAGAAGCCAGACUCAGGCGGCGACGGCAGUCUGCGGGUGCUGCCGCUGCCCUGGAUGGCCGGCGUGGCGGGUCAGCCGAACGGCAGGCUCAAGUGUCACAAGUGCUCCUGCAAGCUCGGCGCCUUCUCGUGGGCGCCAGGUAACCGGGCGACCGCGGCUCCGGUGGCAGACCUGGUCCCACGUCAGAGCCCGACACACUCCCGACAACUCAACAACUGCUCCGACGACUCGGUGCUCAUUGCUUUGUACGGACGGUGUUACGCGCAAUUUCAUGUGUUAUUCUCUUUCCUCUCCGCAUCAUUUUAGUCCGUUACAGCUGGUGGCAAAACAAAACGCAUAGGUAGUACCGCAGUCCCACCUGAUCUGAGUUCUCACAGAAUGUGGCCUCUCGGCUCUCUGUCAAUCCCAGGACAGGCAAACGGACACCGCGAAUCAAAUGUUUUCUGAGCGCAAAUUUAUUUUAUGUGAAAGCGAGUCUGCAUUCGCCAUUUAGCGGGGCCGCUAUGUUGUCCCUUGAGUUGCAUCAGGUUCCCCGCACAACAAAACGCAUUUCUUUAAGUCACAGGUUUUUCUGUAAUACAGAGAUUUAACAAGCCCAGAAAAUGAAUUCAAUUGCCAUGCAAUAAUGUUUGUGACAGUAAAAUGAGAUCCUUUGAGGCAUCUUUGUCAAAUGUUACCGUACGAUAGAUACAACUGAAUGCCUGUCAUUGUUAAGAACCGCGCUAUGGUUAAAGCUGUGGUUUUUUCAAGAUCCAAUCCAAACCUUUUGAAUGGAUAGA